UGUUGUUUCCUGGCUGUGUAGUUCCUUAACUCUAGCAGAGAAGUUAUUGAAAUAAACUAUACCUCUGACUGAAAAUAGGGACACAGCAAUUAUAAGAAGACAAACAUUACUAGUAUUGAUUAUUUCAAGUUAAUUACAGACAUUGUCAGGACUCCCAUGACAGAGUUUUAUAUUCAGAAGUAUGUCUUAAUGUUCAUGUUGCUUCUACUAGCAGUCGUGGAUAUGAGGGGGAGAAGCUACUUCAUGAAAAAUGCUGGGAUUUAACAGUGUUCUGAUUUCCUUCAGACUGUUGGUUCAUCUGCCUAGCUGUGUUCUGUUUUUGGCAGUUCUGUUUCCAGAUCAUGUACACGUCUGCCCUCCUGACUGCCAACUGUGCACAAGGAAGCUAGUCCAGUGCAGUAACUUAGGCUUGAAACAUAUCCCCAGCAACUUGUCCAAAAGUACAGCUGUCAUUCACCUUAGUGGAAACAACAUCUCCUGCAUCAGCCAAAGUGAGUUCCGUGGUUUGCACGAAUUGUCAGUGUUGUUUUUGGCCAACACGAGUCUUGAGUAUAUAUACCCAGCAGCUUUUAUUGAUCUUCAGCAACUGCACUACUUGUUUUUAGACCAUAAUCAAAUAAAACAGUUAGAUCCGGAAACUUUUCAUGGUCUCUCCAAUCUUCUAUACUUAAACUUUCAGAAUAAUAUAAUACAUUUUCUUUCACCUGAAUUGUUUGUUGAUUUACAAGCACUUAGGUGUCUACAACUUCAGAGGAACUAUAUUGAAGCUCUGGGUAGAAAUACCUUCACUGGUAUGGUUAAUCUGCACAUACUUACCCUGGCGAACAACAUGAUUUCUGAGAUAUCCAACUCUACAUUUUCAGAUCUUGGAAACCUCAGCUACCUCUAUCUUCAGUAUAAUAACUUAACUUGGAUACCUUCACAUAGUUUUGGAGCACUAAAAAGUCUCAGAAAGCUUGUUUUAUCAUAUAAUCCCAUUACACAUGUUCAUUCAUUUGCAUUUAAGGAACUUACAAACCUUGAGUAUCUUUUCCUUGACCAUGCAAAAAUAUCAUCUAUUGACUACAAAGGUUUUGCUGAGCUAAGUAAUCUUAAACAACUCAUGUUAAAUGACAAUGAACUAAGUAUCAUCAGUGCAGAUACAUUACCUUUGUUGGGACAUUUAAGAUAUUUACAACUAAACAGUAACAAAAUAAGAAACAUUAGUAGUGAUGCCUUUAAGAACAUGAGAUCUUUGAGGGUUCUAAAUCUAGCCAGUAAUAGCCUUACUGAGUUGCACCCCAAGGUCUUUCUGCCACUUGUGUCCUUAGUAUAUAUUUGGGUAAUGGAAAAUCCUUGGAACUGUUCUUGCCAGUUGCUGGGACUGCGUAACUGGAUAGCAGCAUCAUUCCUCCAUGUCAACUUGCGUUGUCACAGUCCUCCAAGCCUUCGAGGUAGAUCUUUGCGUUACAUUACUGUAAGUGAACUGGGGAACUGCAUUACAGUUACAGCUGAAGCAGAUUUUAAUGUUAAACCUUCUGUUUCUGACAUCAUUCUGUCUGAACCACCCAUCUCACAGACAAGUGAAGGAUACAGCACUGGAACUACAGCCACCAGUAAUAUAACUUUGACGACAGGUGGGCAAACAGUUGUUGAUAAAUUCACUGAUUACACUGAGAAAGACCACUCAGAAAUUACUACGGUUAUUCCACGGGAAGUACAAGCAGAGCUAGCACCAGUUAACUUUACGGCUGUUGAUGGGAGUAGCUUGCUAGUUGGGGAUGCAACUCCUGUUUCACGGAAUGCUCAGCUAAGUUGUGAUGAUCAGCAUCCAAAACAUAAUGAAGCCUUUGACAUUUUACUUGCCUUUUUUGUACUUGCUUGUGCUUUGGUUCUCUUUUUAUUAUACCAAGUCGUUCAUUUAAGGCAGAAACUCAAGAUGCCAAGGAAUAUGGAAGAAGGUGUUUUGGAGUACUAUAGUUCAUUCCGCUUUGCUCGAUACAAUAUUGCACACCCAGUUUGUACACCAGAACGAGAUUUAUUAGGGUAUAGGGUGCAAGACCAAGUUAGGAUGGGUAAACAGACAAAACAUGACUACCAAACACAAGUUAUUCUUUUUGAGCACUCAGUACUGUGAUAUAAUAUCUGGUAAGCAAACCAGUGGUGUCUGUAAAUAUUACAACAGUUGGACUGUGAAGUCUCUGUUUGAUGUUUGACUGUGUUUAGAUUAAGUAAAAUAAAAUUUCUAGUAAAGGUUAGAGUGAAUGUCUGACUGCUGGUGACUUUCACAAAACAUUGCAUGUGCAAGAUGGUUAUAAUUCCAUAUUUAACUUUCUGCUGACUAAAUCCAUAACAAGUCUUUCCUUGUGUAUUCAAUAAUGCAGUUAAUGUAUGUGCUUGGAAUGUGAAUAGUGCUAAAUAAGAAAAAUGAUGCCCGUAUAAAUACCUGCUCAGACAUUUGAGUACCUGUCCUACUCAAAAAAAAAAAAAAAAAGAAAAUUCCCAAAUGUGAGAUGUGCGGUUGCACACUAUUCUAUGGUGAUGAACAUCUGCAAGAUAAUUUUCUUAACAGGAGUGUUUCUCAGAAAUUUUGGGAAUUAAAGGAGAGGAGUGUGUUGUAUGAUACUGGUUAUUUUGCUUUAUAUUCAAUCUGCAACCAGAAUGGCGUGAAGUUAAAAAAAAUAGUUAGGACCUAUUUUCCUCAGUAAAAUUAGGCUAGAUGGAAGCUACUUUUAUCUGGUAUGUUCCCAUCCAGUUGUCUUAGCAGAGAACUAGGGGUUUGACAGCAGAAUUCCAUUUGUAUGUAAUGUGCCCUUUUCAGCAGAACCUCUUUUAUCUACAUUAAAAUUGCUAGGCAGCACAAAACUCUGCAGAAAAAAUCAGUCACUCGUUCUGUCUUUAUCACACCGAGUUUUGGCUGGCAGUAAGGCCACUAAUCGUAGGUUAGUGACACUGCUCAUGGAAAUGCUUCUGUGUCAGUCAGCCAUUGUAGGAAUUGUGUUGAUUAUGACUUCUUAAGCUUGAAAACUGAUUUUUUUUGUAUCUUUGACAUUGCUAAAUAAAACAGAAUGGUGGGUACUGAAGGAUAACCAGUACAGUACCAUACCUGUACAUA